AUGAAGACUAAAUACAGCUGCCUUAUUCCUCUUACUUGCUCUAGGGACAUCUUUACCUUUGAAAUCUACUUAAUGUCAGAACGCGUUUUUCUAUUUGGAGCUGAAACUGCAUAUUCACAAAGAAAAUGGACUUGGGCAAUAGCGAAGCAUUUUGUUCCUCCUGUGGCUGAAUGCCUAUUAGAGAGAGACUGUGACCUGAUUGGCCAGCUGUACUACAAAGAUUGCCAUAACCUGGAUCAGUGGAGAAAAGGCUGGUUUGCUAUAGAGAAGUCAAGCCUUUAUUUUUGUCUUGAAAUGGAUAAUGCUGAAGAAGAUUCCAUAUAUCUAAGGAGGUUGCAAGAACUAACAGUCAGUAGUGUGAUGCAAAAUGGAGAGAAAAUAGAUGUCCUGCUGCUCGUUGAAAAGGGAAGAACACUAUACAUCCAUGGCCAUACAAAACUGGAUUUCAUGGUCUGGUAUACUGCAAUUGAAAAAGCAGCAGCUACAGAUGGUAAUGCAUUACAAGAUCAGCAGCUCAGCAAAAAUGAUGUCCCUAUUAUAGUGAACAGCUGUAUAGCAUUUGUUACACAGUAUGGUUUAGGUAGCAAGCAGAUCUACCUUAAGAAUGGCAAUUCUUCCAAUGUGACUGAACUGCUGGAAAGCUUCAAAAAAGAUGCAAGGAGUGUUAAACUAAGAGCAGGAAAACAUCAGCUUGAAGACGUGACUGAUGUAUUGAAAAGUUUUCUUUCUCAAAUAGAUGAUGCACUUCUCACUAAAGAACUUUAUCCGUUCUGGAUCUCUGCAUUAGAUACGCAGAACGAGAAGGAGCGUGUGAGGAAGUACGGAGCUUUUAUUCGGACGCUUCCACCAGUCAAUAGGGCAACUUUGGCUGCUUUAAUUGAACAUCUUUACAGGGUGCAGAAGUGCUCUGAAAUCAAUCAUAUGAACCCUCAUAAUCUAGCCACGGUGUUUUCCUCAUGCUUAUUUCAAACUGAAGGCCAAACUAGUGAAGAAGUCAAUGUAAUUGAAGAUCUCAUUAAAAAUUAUGUUCAACUUUUUGAUAUAAAUGAAGACCAGGUCAAACAAAUGGAUAUAGAGAACAGCUUUAUUACCAGGUGGAAAGACACUCAGGUUUCCCAGGCUGGAGAUUUGCUUAUUGAAGUUUAUGUGGAAAGAAAGGAACCGGACUGUAGUAUUAUAAUCAGGGUAUCACCUUUGAUGGAAGCAGAGGAAUUAACUAACGAUGUUUUAGGAAUCAAAAACAUUAUUCCCAACAAAGAUGAUAUCUGGGCUGCUUUUGAAGUACUUGAAAAUGGAGAACUAGAACGUCCUCUGCAUUAUACAGAGAAUGUACUAGAACAAGUUCUUCAGUGGAGUUCAUUACCAGAUCCUGGCACUGCAUAUCUGAUAAUAAAGAGAUUUGUAACAGCAGACAUGAUAAAAAUCUACAGUGAGAAAAAUGAGAAAGGUAUUGUGAAAGCAGGCAGUCUGAAGUACAAAGAAGAACCAUCAAAACUACUGUCCGGAAACAAAUUUCAGGAACGUCAUUUCGUGUUACGGGAAAGAAACUUUCUUCUUUAUAAGGAUAUGAAGGCUAGCAAACCUGAAAAAGUGUUGCCUGUCAAUUCCCUGAAGCUUUAUCUUGGAGUGAAAAAGAAAAUGAAGCCACCAACAAACUGGGGACUUGCACUAUUUUCUGAAAAGUACCAGUGGUAUUUAUGUUGUGAUGGACAAGAUGCACAGAUGGAGUGGAUGAUCAGCAUUUUUACUGCACAGCAUGCAGAUAUAUGGCCACCUGCUGGAAAAGCAAGAAAACAGUCUAUCACUAAAAGUCCAAAGAUCGGAGGCUUAGCGCUAAUUCCCAUUCAUCAGGAGAACACUUGUAAAAUCAAAGGGAGUAUGGAAAACAUAGAAGUGCAACCUGGGAAUCCAAAAUGUGGUGACCAUCAUGAAAAUUACUUUCUGGAAGAAAGAAAAAACUUGAAAGAAAAAGCAUCUAUUGUGGCACAGUGUUUGGAACGUAAGGAGGAGAAAGUGCGAAAUCAUACAAAAGCACAUCGGAGCUUGAUCUCUGCUGAGGAUGUAGGUGCAGGAAUGACUGACCCACACCAAAGACCACAGAAGGCACUGAGGAAAAAUAAGAACAAACCAAACAAAACUACUUUGGAAUUAGAUAAAAAAUUGCCAUCAAAUGUGAUUCAGGAGCUCAAUACAGUGCUGCAGAAGAACAGAGCACUUAAUGAUGAAAGCUCCAGCUGA